CUAACACAGCAGAUCUCGUGACUCGCUAGUGUCCUCCAGGGAACUGCAGGAGAUACCAGGCAGCGCAUUCACGGGCAACGCAACAGGGACGCUAGCCUGGUUAGGAUUUACUUGAGGGUCAGGACAAGAUGGAAUGGAGUUGGGGUAUCCUACGAGCGACAUACGAGUCCUUCCUCCUAUCCCUGGGUGUGUGGGAUGUCCUUCUGCCCUACGUCAUCUGGGGGCAGCGCAUCGCUUUCUUCUGCCUCCUCUUGGUGGCGACGGUGGGGCGACGACUGAGCCUGAGGAGGAAAUAUGUGGAGGUGCUGGAUCGUGUCUUCCAGUUUGCUGCCGUCGAGCUGGCGGAGGAGGUGCAGCUAGAGGAGGAGGAGGAAGAGGGGGAGGAAGAGGAGGAUGGUGUGGUGAUCUGCCCUGAGGCGCCACGGGCAGGUGGUGUGGACUCCCCCAGCGGCUCCUUCAGGUUCCAGGACCCGAUGGCGUACAUGGCGGCGGGCAUGAGAGCCGUCGUCCAGGACUGUGUGAGUCAGAGCUUCUCCCCUGCCGAGCUACGCACCUGGAACAUGAUGUCCAGAACGAAGCAACAGCUCCACCUGAGACUGACUCCCUCCCUGACGGUAUUCUGGCUGGUGGGAGUCAUCAUCCGCCACGUCUUCCUCUUCCCCAUGCGGGUCCUCGUCCUUAUCCUUAGCAUCUCCACCCUCGUCGUACUCUGCAUCGCCGUCGGGCUUCUGCCGGAGAGCAAAUUCAAGCGACGUCUUAACGCCUGGGUCGUCACUUGGUGCUUCGACUUCGUGGCUGGGUCCCUCUCCGUCGUCGCCAGGUUCCACGAUACAGAGAACCGACCGACUCACGGGAUAGCUGUAGCCAACCACACUUCACCCAUCGACUCUAUGGUCUUAGCCACCGACCAGUGUUAUGAUAUGGUAGGUCAGAAGGCCAGCGGCAUCCUCGGGGUCUUCAUGCACGCCCUCUCCAGGUCCUCCUCUCACAUCUGGUUUGAGAGGACCGCAGCCAAGGAGAGGUCCCAGGCUGUCCAGAAGCUACAGGAACACGCCCAAGACCCCACUCUCCCCCCCAUCCUCAUCUUCCCUGAGGGCACCUGCGUCAACAACACGGCCGUUCUACAGUUCAAGAAGGGUUCCUUUGAGAUCGACACUAUCAUCUACCCCAUCGCCAUCCGGUUUGACCCUCGCUACGGUGACGCCUUCUGGUACCAAGACACCUUCGUAGAGUACAUCUUCAGUAUGAUGACGUCGUGGGCCAUCGUGUGUGACGUGUGGUACCUCCCGCCCAUGACCAGAGGCACUAAUGAGUCACCUGUCGCCUUUGCUAACAGGGUAAAGGCCAAAAUAGCUCACCGCGGCGGCUUCGUGCAGUUGGCUUGGGACGGCUUCAUCAAACUUAACGCCAACAAGAAGGCAUUCUGGGAGAAACAAAGCCAGUGGAAACAAAAACAACAGCAGGAGUUCGCCAGGCACUUCAACGCCGAGGAACAUUGCCAGGCGAAGGAUUAGCCAGUGUAAGCGAAGACUACAGGCGAAGGAGACAGUCUUAGGUCCUGAUGGUCACUAUGUAAACAUACUGAGUAACAGUGACUGGAAUAGAUAGAUAGACAGGUAGAUAGGUAGAUAGAUAGAUAGAUAGAUAGGUAGAUAGGUAGAUAGGUAGGUAGAU